AUGAUUUCUUUGGAGUUUGUGAGCGGCCGCCCUUCUGGAAGCGCGCCAUAUUAUUCUCUUGUUGUCCGUGAGCCGUACACUCUCGGCCGUGCUCGUGAAUGCGAUAUUUUCCUAGACUAUGGUGAUAUCUCGCAGAAGCACGCCUCGCUGAAUGUGAUGCGGCAAAGUCAGGCCAAACAACAAGAACAGCAACAAAAACAAAAACGUCGUGAUGUGAAAGGAGAAAAAAGAGGAUCGAGUGUUCCCACACUUGAGGAUGAUGAGGAUGAAGAUGAUACCGCUCUUCACAACGGCACUGGAGUGGAGGACUUGCACAAGAAAACGUUCUCUGCAGCCGGCACGGCCGUCGACCCGCCCAUUCCGGACACUGCGGAGGAGACGGAAGAUGUGGAGGACGAGACGUCUCCGCUGCGCGAGGCGGAUCCUCUCGUGCUGCGACUCUCCCGCCCGCGCGGUGCCGGACGCGUGGCGGUCAACGACGUGGAGGUUGGCGACGCGCCGGUUUAUCUCCUCGACGGGGCGGAGGUGCAGUUCGGCGCCCAAGUGCGGCUGCGGGUGCGGUACCGGCCGCUCGUCGUGUGCGUCUCUCGCGCGGGGGUCGGCCGCGACCGGGUGCGGGAGCUGGAGUUCAUGUACCACCGCCUCGGGGCGACCCUCACACGCCGUCGUGGCCCCGCCGUCCGCCGCGAUCUCCCGCAGCCCAUCGGUUUGUUGUACGCCACGGAGACCGCAGGCCACGAGGACGCGUGGUGUCUGACGGCACUCGCCGCCGGGUACUCCGUCGUGCUACCAACUUAUGUGUUUGAAUGGUUCGCGGCCCUCGCACAGAGUGCGUCGUCGCCUCUCAGCGUACUGCCACCACCCGUGCGGUUUGAAGUGCCUAUUCUGUGUAACCGCACCUCGGCUGCACAUGCGGCAUGGUACUUGCGGCCAGAGUCGGACGUCUGUCCGUUCCCGCUCUAUCCCAUUCCUUCCAACGCCACCAUUAAGCGCACACGUGAAACACUCUUCGCCGGGAAAGAGUUCUUCUUUGUUUCUGAUGAGGUGGAGGAGCGGUACCGAAAGGCGGUGACGCUUUGUGGUGGGGAGGUGCAUCGAUUGGAUGAAGCCAAUAUCAUAACUACCAAAGGGGUGAAGAAAGAGGCCUCCAUUACUACCGAACCUGAAGAGAUGCCUGAGCCCAUUGCUGUUGAUCCCAUUCCCAUCGACCAUAAUAAUAAUAAUAAUAAUAAUAGUGAUAACCAUGAUAAUAAUGAUAAAAAUACUAAUACUAUCUCCCCUGAUGCUGCCGCUGAUAAUGAGGGCGAUGGGGAAGAUGAUACGCACGGCGAUAAGGAAAUCACUGAGGAUAAAGAGAGGAAAGAAGAAGAGGAAGAAGAGGGCGACAACAACAAGGACAAGGACAACGACAAGAAGAAGAAUUCUCCUGAUUCGGUUCAAGAAGCUGCUCCUCUUGACGGCGGUGUCGCUGAUGCUUCAAGUACUCCUGUUCCCAACAACUGUGACACUUCUGCUUCCUCUAUGGGUGCCACCGUUACUUCUGCCACAUUCUUUAUUGUGGUGGAUCAUGAUAUGGAGGGUGUGUUGCAGCACGGUGAUCCCGAUGAAGAGGCUGCUGCGCAGCAGGUUCUAGAUGAUGCUCACCGCGCAGGUAUUCAAGUUCCUGUGAUUAGUGAACGAAGUCUCUUUUAUUCACUUCUUGCCAACCGCUUCUCUAUUAUUGAGGUUCCAUGGCCACCGGCCCCUGAAGGCAGUCACGUUGAAGGCAGUGAACCAAAUGUCUGGCCGAUCGCAGCACCAGAAAUCGAUGAUGGUGUAAUCGAAGUAAAUGGUGCGCCACAGACUCCAAGGAUGGAAGUUCGCACAACACUUCAAACACCACGAGGGAAUAGAAGGAGGACACCUUCAUCUCGUCGACAUGGAAGUACCCACAAUGAUCGCACUGCAUCAGCCUCUGUGAAUGGCAAAAGGGAAAAAUCGACACCGGUGCAAAAACGCGGACGGAGUCAACAGCGUCUCCGAUUACUAACAUCGGCAGACUUGUGUGAUGCCCUACGUAACCGUGUGAGAGCGUUCGUAGCAAGGGAGGAGCCAAAACUUAUUGAAGGUCUUGUGGGGUCUAAGCGUAAUUUCUUUGUUAAUCCAGAACUGGUGGAGUACGCACACGAAUGUCAAACAUUGGUAAUGCGUUACAUGGAUAAAAUGGAUCAGGUAUUGGCACAAUUGGAUGAAGACUCGCGGCAAGUCAUGGAUAUCCAACGCUGCCAGGAUGACUGCCGUGCAUUGUACUGCAACGCCCAGCAAAUUAUUGACUAUGCCGAAUAUGCAGCUCGACGACCACGACGUGUGUCUAUGAAUGGCGUCCCAGUUCGUCGUUACAUGACCCCAGUGUACAGCUCAAGAGCACAACGUACCACAAUAGGAGGAGAUGCACAACGUCAACAACAACAACAACAGCACCACCACCAUCAACAGCAGCAGCAGCAGCAGCAGCAACAACAACAAGAGUAUGAGAGUGGAGUAAGUCCUCUCAACGUCUCACCUCCAGCCAAGGGGAUGAAACCACCACAGAACCAGACCAUGCGUCGAGGAAGAUCAUCACCCACACGACCUCAAUCGCGUCGUCCCAAGCGGCCAAGUAAAAACUCCAGCCCGCAGCUCAACGCCCAGUCACCGCAGGGCAAUGGCCACAUGGACAGUUCCAGCGAACUCAUUCUCCCCACCCCAGACACAACGGGUCCACUCCCCGCAGAUCACACGCCGAUGCCAUCCUCUUUACUCCUUGGGCGGCGCAUGUCGAACUUCGAACCGCCCGCGACUGUGCGGGCACGUGGUGUACGGCGACGGGCCUCACAUCCCACCAACAACGUACCGCCCACACCCGAAUCCGCCCGGGAGUCGCUGCCAACACCGGUGGUCAUGACGCCUAGGAACACCUCCCUGCGGCGAUCCGCACAGCGCCCGCAAACCCGCGAAAACGCCAGUGAGGCGAGACCACCAGUCGCCCAUCUCCCACUGACGCACGACUUCUCAAUGGUUCAACGGCGCACCACACUUCCACGAACCCCGCGAACCCCGCGAACGCCAAGGCGUGCAAGCCCAGUGAGACGGCAGCUGCCCCCACCACCACCGCAACAACAGCAGCAGAUUCACACACCACGUUCGGUUCGAACCCCACGUGGGGUUGUGUCCCCACAAACUGGGGGAUUAACGGCAUCUGUUAAUGCCCCGGUAGGUCGUCGCCGGUUAGUGCAGUCGGAGAAAAUACUCAGUGCUCGUUGA